CGAGCGAGCACACAGAGCGCGCGGAAUAAAAUCUCGUUUAUAGUCUCGAGAACUGGCGAGAACAAAGAGAAAGUUCCGCAGCCGCAGGGGAACAGAAAGUCUCAGUGGAACAGACAGCAGAGAAAGAUGUCGAGCUACACGACGAGGUCAGACAGCUGCCGGGUGUGUCCGUCCGCACACGCUAACCGUUUCGACACGGCUUGCCGCAAGCGCGCGGUCCCCAACAUCUUCGAGCACGUGAGAGAGGAUGCACUCGUGCGGCUCUUCCGCAAGGCGGGCGACGCGAAGGCCGAGGAGCGCGCGCGGAGCAUCUUCUCGUGCGAUAACGACCCUGACGAGACGGCGCGCGCUCUGAUGGCGCUCAAGCAGCGCAAGAAGGACAAGUUCCUGCAGAUCGCGCGCUCACUCCGCGGCCUCCUGAAGCUGCGCUGAGGAUGCACGUCACACGGCUCCGGUAGAAGAGCCGCAGGACAGAACCGAGCGGGGAACCGACUCCGAGUUCACACGGCGCUCAGGGACACGGAGGGAAAACUUCCAGUCUCCAGAGAGAGAGAGAGAGAGAGAGAGGCGCUUACAGCCCGGCGGGGAAAACCGCAUAAUGCAAGCCAAAAGGUCCAGAAAUGUCUUCAAAUGGACGGUUUUACCGGCGGGUGAAGUGCCGGUGCUAUGCUGUGGUGAUGAAGCACAAACAGCAGUUCUGAGAUGAAGCUCAGCUGUAAUUAAUGCACAUCAUACAGGAACGCAUGAAGGAACUUCCAGAAACUUUUCAUGAACUUUUGCAAAGACUGAUGCACCUGACAAUUCAUAUUAAUUUCAAUAUUAUAAGAAUGCUGUGAUGACAUUUUGGUCAUGAAUUUUCACACGUUUUGUAUUUUUUGCAAUAAAUUAUUAACGUUUGUUUAAA